GUUUCUGUUAUUGCAUUUAUAACUGCUACAAAAAUGCCACCAUAUCACCAACAUGAAGAAGAGAAAUUCUUCCUCAAUGCCAAAGGCCAGAAGGAAAUAUUACCCAGCAUCUGGGACUCACCUACCAAACAGCUGUCUGUUGUUGUGCCUUCCUACAAUGAAGAGAAACGGUUGCCUGUGAUGAUGGAUGAAGCUCUGAACUACCUAGAAAAGAGACAGAAACAGGACUCUAAGUUCACUUACGAGGUGAUAGUAGUUGACGAUGGCAGUCAAGACCAGACUUCAAAGGUGGCUUUCAAAUACUCCCAGAAAUACGGAAGUGACAAAGUACGCGUGAUAACGCUGGUGCAGAACCGAGGGAAAGGUGGUGCCGUUAGGAUGGGUGUAUUCAGUUCUCGAGGAGAGAAGAUCCUCAUGGCUGAUGCUGAUGGAGCCACAAAGUUUCCAGAUGUUGAAAAACUAGAAAAGGGACUGAGUGCUCUCCAGCCAUGGCCUGAUCAAAUGGCCAUUGCUUGUGGGUCUCGAGCCCAUUUGGAGAAAGAAUCAAUUGCUCAGCGCUCUUACUUCCGUACUCUUCUUAUGUAUGGGUUCCAUUUCCUGGUGUGGUUCCUUUGUGUCAAAGGAAUCAGGGACACACAGUGCGGGUUCAAAUUACUAACCCGAGAAGCAGCAGCCCGGACCUUCUCAUCUCUGCACAUUGAACGAUGGGCAUUUGAUGUAGAACUGCUGUACAUAGCACAAUUUCUUAAAAUUCCAAUAGCAGAAGUUGCUGUCAACUGGACUGAAAUUGAGGGUUCUAAGUUAGUUCCAUUUUGGAGCUGGCUACAAAUGGGCAAAGACCUCCUUUUUAUCCGACUUCGGUAUCUGAUGGGUGCCUGGAGGAUUGAGCCAACAAGGAAAGUGAGUUAGUUUGCUGUCAGGGCUGGACUGCAUUUUUACAUGCAAGUGUCAUGCAAUUUCACCUGAAAUCAGGAUUUUUCAAUAAAGCUGCGAUGGACCCAUUGUCACUAUCUGCCUUUGUAUGCUCUUAAGAAUUAACUGCCAUGAAGAAACCAUGAGAUGUCUUUUGGGACAAAUAAAUUUUUAAGUAUUUGUGUCAUAAGUUA